GGUGGCGCUAUUUAAAACAUGGCACAUUUCAGUGUAAAUCAGUAUUUGCAUCAGUUUGAUGAAGCAAUCCAAUCAGCUAGAGGAUAUAUGGCAGCUGAAUUGCUGUCAUGUAGCCAUCCCCACAUUGCCAGUCCUAGAUUACAACUACAUGAUCCAGAAUCAGUGGUUCAGAGAGUCAUUUGUCCUCCAUGGGAUGAUGUGGUCAUUGGUCAUCUAAAGUGUAUUUCAGCAGUCAACAACCAUGAUUUCAUUGAAGCCUACAAGCAUCAGUCAGUCACUGUGCAAGCCUUUAAUAAAAUUCUUCAGGGUCAGAAAGAUGAGAACUGGGCCUUGCCAAUUAUGUAUACAUUAUGUUUGGAUCUGAGAAUAUUUGCAGGAAGUGCAGACUUACAGCUUUCAAAAAGAGGUAAAGGUAAACCAGGAGAAACACUUGAAAAAGCUGCAGAGUUACUAAUGGGCUGUUUCAGAGUUUGUGCUAGUGAUAAUCGAUCGUCUCAAGAAGACUCCAAACGGUGGGGUAUGUUAAACUUAGUAAACCAGUUGUUCAAAAUUUAUUUCAAGAUAAACAAACUCCAUCUUUGUAAACCUCUGAUUCGUGCCAUUGACAGUUCCAACUUAAAAGAUCAGUUCAGCAUUUCUCAGCUUGUAACAUACAGGUAUUAUGUUGGAAGAAAAUCCAUGUUUGAGAGUGAUUUCAAGAAUGCUGAGGAAUAUCUCACUUUCUCAUUCCAAAAAUGUCACAAGAAGGCGACAAGAAACAAACGAUUAAUUCUGAUUUACUUAAUUCCUGUAAAGAUGCUGCUGGGUCACAUGCCAAGCAUGCAGUUGUUAACAAAAUAUGAUCUUAAACAAUUCUCUGAAGUUGUGAAAGCUGUUACUGAAGGAAACUUACUACGUCUCAGUGCAGCUAUGACAGCAAAUGAGGCUUUCUUUAUCAAGUGUGGUAUCUACCUGAUCCUGGAAAAAUUGAAAAUCAUUACCUACAGAAAUUUGUUCAAAAAAGUGUCACUUAUUUUGAAAACUCAUCAAAUUCCUAUUGAUGCUUUCCUUUUAGCCUUGAAAUUCAUGCAGGUGGAAGACAUUGAUCUUGACGAAGUGCACUGUAUUCUGGCUAAUCUUAUAUAUGAGGGUAAGAUUAAAGGUUACAUGUCUCAUCAGCAUCAGAAGUUGGUUGUGAGUAAACAAAAUGCUUUUCCUCCCCUGUCGUCGAUCAGCUAAAAAUAUAGCUAGUUGAAUGUUAGAUUUGUAUAUCUAGCUUAAAAUGUAUCGUGCUUCUUUUUACUAAAUAAAUAAAAAUACUUUUUACAGUA